AUGAAUUCACUUUCCCUCCAUGAAAAACUGGACUACUCUAACGCUGAUUUCGCGGAGGUACCACACCAACGUUCGGCAGGUGAUGGGUUUGAUUCACUGCAAAGCUAUGGGGAGCGCGGUAGCACACAAGUCGAAGAACUGUUUUCUAAGGACGAGUUCUGCUCGCUAAACGAAACUUUUGAAGAAACGUUAGUUUUCUUGCGCAACCGAUUGCAAAUUCAAUAUGCUCGGUUAAGAAAAGAACUGCAGUCGUCUAUGCGAAACAUCGUUCUUCAGGAAAUGCAAAAGAUCCUCACAACAGCUCAACAGUUACGCGAUCAAGUGCUAAGUUUGCGCGAGAUUGUUAAAACCCAAGAAAGGAUGAUUGCCCGCAAAGACCAAGUGAUAGAUGACCUGAUGGCCGAUUUAAGACGAGCAAACGAAAAAGCCGAAGCGAGUAUUGAAGCAAAUAGGAUGAAAACUAAGCAACUCGUGGAACAUGUUAUUGACAAAUGGUGGAGUAGACGCCUGCUUCAACGAGCGCUCAUCGCCUGGAAAGCUUAUCUAAGCGGAACGUGGAAAAAUCGUUUUCUACAGCGUAUGAAGUCAGAGGCCUACGCCGAGUGUGACCGCCUGAAGAAGGAUAAUGAAAAUACUACCAAACACGUUCGUUAA